AAAGAAUAUCAGUUUUUAAGGAUUCAUUCAUACAUUGUUUAUCAAGAGCCGUGGCCUAUUUAUUGGUUAUUUGUUAUCUGAUAUUAAAGAUCUAUGACAUGUUUAUUAAGAAGGUUUCACCCCAAUAUAAGAUUAGUCAAGAUUCAAAUCAUGGCAAAACGACCCAGUUCUGAUAUGGCUGGUUUUAGAGAAGAAUUCUCCAAGGCAAAACACAUAGUAGUAUUAACUGGUGCUGGGGUAAGUGCAGAGAGUGGGGUACCAACAUUCAGAGGUGCUGGAGGUUACUGGAGGAAAUGGCAAGCUCAGCAACUGGCAUCUCCUGAGGCUUUUACUGACAAUCCAUCCUUAGUAUGGGAAUUUUAUCAUUAUAGAAGAGAAGUUAUGGCCUCAAAACACCCAAACCCAGCCCACAUUGCCAUAGCAGAAUGUGAAAAGCGUUUAAAAUCCCAGAAUAGAAGAGUUGUGAUUGUUACUCAGAAUAUUGAUGGUUUACAUAAAAGAGCCGGAUCAGAGGAUAUUAUAGAAUUACAUGGUAAUUUGUUUAAAACAAGAUGUCUAAAAUGUGGAGAAAUAGCAGUUAAUAAUGAUAGUCCUAUUUGUGAAGCUCUACGAGGAAAAGGGGCUCCGGAACCAGACGCUCCAGAUGGUAAAAUUCCUGAAGACCAGCUUCCAAGAUGCAAGAAAACAGAUUGCUCUGGUUUAUUGAGACCCCAAGUUGUCUGGUUUGGGGAAAAUUUGGAUCCAAAAGUUUUGGACAAAUCUUUUUCAGAAUUAGAAAACUGCGAUCUCUGUUUAGUGGUAGGAACAUCAUCUGUUGUUUACCCAGCUGCCAUGUUUGCACCACAAGUAGCCAGUCGAGGUGUUACUGUAGCAGAAUUUAAUAUUGAAGAUACUGUAUCUACCGGGGUUUUUAAGUAUCAUUUUCAAGGACCUGCUGGAGAGAAUUUACCAAUAGCUUUAGCUUAACAUGAUACAGAAUAACUGAUUUAAUUUCUAUUCUUUCAAUCAAUAUUUUCUUUAUGAGAUAUUAAUUUAAUAAUGAAUCACAAACCGAACAAACUGAUGCCCAUCAAAACCAUAAGCUUUAAUACAUACAUGCCCAUACUGAUGUAUAUUUGAGAUUGUAUUUUAUUUUAUUAUCUAAUUAUCUGGAUCUCAGCUGUUUGCCUAUAGUAGAGCUAUGAUAUUGGUCCAAUUAAAAACAUGAACAGUCCUAUUCAAUUUCAGGAAGUCUAUCAACACAAUGUAUAGUAUCAGUUAUCAUUUAUUUUAGUAAUUAGCAGUCGUUGAAAGUCAAACAAUGCUUAUAAUCAUUGAUUCCCAAUCAUAAGUCACCAACGUCUUGUAUUUUGUUUGUUUGUGUUGAUUAAGGAAAUAUAAAUUUGCAUUUUGUGUUAAGAGUUGACUUACAUUGUAAUUUCCUUCAUCAAAACUAUCAUAAUUAAUCAAACAACUUUGCUCCACUUACUACUAGCUAAUAUAAAAUUUUUUGUUUUGUAAAAUAUAUUCUGAAUUAAAGAAGAUUUUUACUAAG